AUGAGGAGGGGAUGGGUAAACGCCGUUUUGUGUUAUUAUUGUGGGAACUGUAGAGACCUGCACUUUCCUUGCGUUUCGUUGAUAGAAAAACACCUCUGACCCGCGGAAACGAGCGACGGACAGCCGAGCAAAGCAAAGCCCUUUCUCUUGAUUUUCUGUCUGAACGCAACGAGAAGCAGAAGAAGAACAGCCCGCAGUCAGCCAGCCCAGUCCAGAGCCCAGGUUUGCCCUUCCGCUGAUCGCUUUUCGGGUCUAAUGGGACGCUGGUGAAGGAAGAAAGGGUGUUUCGUGCGUUUUCGAAGCGUUUGGAAGGGGAAUAUCGAGGUGUUUUAUAAUUUUGUGUUUUACGAACUGUUCCUGCCGGCCGUUCUAGUUUGCGAGAUGUUUUGGUUCGGUCCGGUAGAUUUGAGAUGCUUUUUGAUUUCUUGAAUUUCCAACAUUAUUGAAAUUUUCCGUCGUUUUUUAAAUUUCUCCUUUUUUCGUUAUCUCCUUUUCAUUGUUUUGAAUCAAAACUCGGGUAUGACAAGAAACUUUCUAACUGCUUUUUCGGUCGUUGUCGAGAGCUUAUUUAUUCCAAGAAUUGGAUAACAUUUUCUCUUCGCUAUUGCAGGGGGAUAGAUGAGAAGCCAUCAUAGUCCAAAUGCAGAUAGAAACCACGAUCUUCCCCAUUCGCAGAAGCCGGUUCUUGGCAAACUCCAUUCAGAUGAGAAAGCCCGGUCCAGGAGGUCGUUUAUGCUUAAGCUCACGGACGAAUGUAAUCAGGCGUUGAGCAAGGCCAUUGAGAUGAAUUGGCCGGUCCGAGUAAUCUCAACGAAAACUGUAUGUUCGUUUCGAUUCUCAUUGCUAUCAGCCGUGCCAUGAUUUCAAUGUAGAAGGACAUUUUAUAUCUGUUUUCUUUAGGGUGUUAUCGUAGAUGUUGGAAUCGGCCCAAAUAUCUCCACCAAGUUCAACUGCAGUCAGCAGACACUGAAUGGGACUUUAGAUGCGGUUUGUCAAGAUGCCCCCACUUCUUUUCAGACCAUUUCUUCUGUUAAAACCAAACUUGUUGUUAAUGCCACUGAAAAGACUUUUGCUGAAACUAGAGAGAAGGCCGCCAAGUUGGUGGAACAAGAACUGAAGAAGAAGACCAAGGAAACCGAGCUUAGGUGGGUAUCCCAUCUCAUUUAAGUGAUUUUUAAUUUAGUAAAAAUAACAUGGCAAACCGAAAACGACCGUUGAAUGUGAUCCCGCCCAACGGGAAACCAAAUGUGUUCGCCAAGGUGGUUUUUUGAUUUUAUUUUAUUCUUUUUGCAGAUUUUAGGUAAUAUUUAUUUUUUAUUUUCAGCCUAGUCCCUCUCUUCCUAAGCGAACUUCCCCUCCUUUACCAACAACCGGUAAGAGAAGUUUUGUAAAUGAUUAGGGCAAAAAUUUGCAUAAUAGGAGUUUUGCGAUGAGAUUGGAUAUAAAUACUCAUGAAAAGUGGCACUUUGUCAGUUUUAUACGUGAAAUGACCCAUUUACAGCGACCAAGGCUCUGCGUCCCUCAACUGCUGCCAACGGUUCAAAAGUGUCUUCAGCUGUUACCGGUCUUGUUCAGAAUAAGUCCGAGCUGUUGAAGAAGUCUGUUAGAGAAAGAGUUGUUCAUCUUUGUGCGGGUGGAAAGUACAAGAGCGAGGAGGAAGUUCUGGAUCGUUUAAAGUUUGAAGGCUUCUCAAAAAAGGACAAUCUGGACGACCUUCUAGAACAAGCUAAAUCCGUGCUGACCGAGGUAGGUGUUCUCGUUGUUGUUGAAUUGUAAAUCUAGGUGGCCAUCCAUGAUCUUGAUGCUUUGACUAUCAAACCCGAGUGUUACAACGAGAUCGACAUCAAAUGGCCGGGUUUUGUUUCGUCUGAAAAAGCUCGUGCUCGCCGUCUGAUAUCUACCCAAUCUCAAAAUACUUCGAUGAAUGUGGCUCCAACUCGGAAGAGUGGAGUUGCUCCGGUGUUGGCUCCGAGUGCCCCUCACGGUUCAGGUGUCAGCUCAAAAUCUCAAGCCCCUUCUACCCCGGUGAAUAGUAAGUCCUGGAAAACCAACUGAUGUCGUUCACUUUUGAAUAAAAUUAUCCGACUAUUUUCAGUUCCUGAAUCUCUUUCUUCUCGGAACGGUCUGCCCUCCCGAUCUCCCGCCAUUGAACCACCUCAUGAAGAUGAUAAGCUUCGGAAAAGAUUGGCCAGCCCUAUUAUCCCUCCGAGACCACUCAAGGUCUCUAAACACGACUCUCCAGAGCUGGCUGUCACAAGUUCUGCUUCUUCAACUGCCUCUCCGGUUAGCGAUCUGCCCAAACGGCCAGUUAAUCCAAAUUUGGAUUUCUCGAAGCACACCCAGGGGUCCAUGUCCAUCCCAGUCCAAUGUUCUACGGAUUGGGACAAGGUGUUUCCUAUGGUGCAGGAUUCGGAAACCGCCGUCAGAUAUCACGAGUUAUUUGAGGUUGGGUUUGUUAGUAUGAUUAAUUUUGGUUUUGUAGUCAGAGUAUCCCAUUUAUCGGAAGUGCUACGAGAAACUAGCUAAGGUCUCGGCCGAGUUCAGCGAUCUCAAGAGAUCGUUUGAUCGUGCUCCCCUUGGGUCGUCGGAGCAGAAAGAGGUGGGUUCAGGAUUAGUGAUGUAUUUUAUAAUUUCUGUUCCUUUUACUAAUCCACACUGUUACAGAUCCUUCGUCAGAUUUACGAUCGUUAUCACGAUUACCAAUCUGAUGGUGAAUUCUACAACUGUCGGACGCGGCAUGCCAAUCUCCAUGGGAAGUUGGCCGUCUUGAAGCGCCGGAUUACCGAGUGGGAUCAGCGAAUGUUGAAUGGUCGUGAUCUUCCGGGUUUCGAUGGCCAAAGAGGUAAUGUGAGACAUCGUCGUUCUCUCUCCAGUGGUAACUCCGCAAGUUCUACCACCUCUAUGGACAGCUCCGGUAGUGGUCCGCAUGGCUACGACGAAUACUAA